AUGAUCGCUCGAGACCUCCGGCCGUACGAGUUCGCGGAGAACAAAGGAUUUCGGCACUUGAUCCACCACCUCCAGCCCCAGUACAAGAUCUCGCACAAAACUUCGUUUUCAAGAACAGUAAUUCCUGAGCUGUACCGAAGCACAGUCGACUCACUCAAGACACAAAUAGCGUCGGACAUAGCAAACGAACUAGAGUCGCUCGCAUUCAAAACUGACAUGUGGACAUCCAGGGCAAAUCAAGAAUACAUCUCUUUGACCUGCCACUAUAUUACACAAGAUUUCGCAGUCAAGGCCUCCCUACUGGCGUGCUGUCACCUGCAAGAAAGCCACACAGCUGUGAAUAUCCAAGCCUGCUUGACCGAAAUCGUAAAGGAGUGGUCUCUCGGCCUCAGCAAUGUGCCUGUGGAUGUAGUGACAGACAACGGUCGGAAUAUCCGUGCCGCCAUGCGUCAGAUAGAAUGGAUCCCACUUCAGUGCCUGGGACACACGUUACAACUGGCAAUCGAGGACGCAAAAGAAACGCCGCUGGUUUCAUUGCUGUGCAAAAAGGCACGAGCGUUAGUGGGGCACAAUAAACACAGCGCUAAGGCAACUCGCCGGCUCAGGGAGUGCCAGAAGCGCAUGGAGCUGCCAAGUAUAGACCUUAUUCAAGAUGUGGACACGCGUUGCAACAGUGAACACGCAAUGCUGAGCCGCUUGGUGCAGUUAAGAGACGCUGUCUCACUCAAAAUAGCAACAUCAGAAACAAAUGUGAGCCGCCUUUCCCCAAUUGAGUGCAAUGUUGCUGGAAGCUUUGUGCCGAUCCUGCAGCCUAUUGGAGAUGCGACUACAGAUUUUAGCGGCCAGAGGUACAGAACUAUAUCAUAA